AUGACUUGCCCAGGCCGGCCCACCACCAGUCGCUAUAGUCCUGACCCCAACAACCACCCUGACCAAAAAGAAUUAUCCACCAUUAACAGUAACUUAAACAGCGGCGCUGACGGUAUCGCUCCCUAUGUUAUCGGCACCGAUGGUGUCCUCCGAACUCUGACACCCGACUGCGACGUGAUAGACGCCAUCGGCCUUCCACCUCGACUGGUCAAAGCUUUUCUCGAUCGGACUACAUUUGACCAGAAAAUAGAAGAUAUGUUUUGUGGAGCAGACGGAAUGAAGGUGUGUCAAGAACAGUGGUGGAAGCCAGAUCCAUCGUUAUUACCGCCGCCGAUGACAGCGAAGGAAAAAGCACAGGCCGAGAAGGAUUAUGAGGAGAACAAGGAAAUAUUUCAGGAGAAUAUUAGAAAAAGGGAAAGUGGUGAGGUGAAACCGUGUGGGAUUGUUAUUCGGUCAGAUUAUGAUAUCAGUCCUAGGUAG